ACUUUUUAAAUUUUUUUUUUAAAUUUAAGUUAUUUAUUUUGAAAAGUGCUAUAAAAUAUUUUUUUCCCUAAGCGAGAGAUUUAAGCAUGUACGUUACAAUAGAUUUUAAAGGGACCAGAGGGUGUGAGGGAGGAGGAAAAAGACAAAAAGUUCUUGAAUGGAAAAAAAACAGCUUACACAAUAAAGAAAAAAGAUCAGUAUAAAUAACUUUGAAAGUUAGGUAGUUUGAAUGAUUUUGAGUUGUUGAUUAAAAGAAAAAUCAAAUCUUUUUGGGAAAAAGGAAAAAUAUGUCUGCUGAUGUGUCUUGUUGUGAAACAGAAUUUUUUGUGUUUAUUUUGGUAAUCAUAGGAUUGGUGAUGUUUGCUGGUUUGAUGGCUGGUCUUACACUUGGUCUUAUGUCUCUUGGACUUGUAGACCUUGAAGUUCUCAGCAAAUCUGGACGACCACAAGAUCGUAUUCAUGCCUCUAAAAUACUUCCAGUGGUAAAAAACCAACACCUUUUGCUUUGCACACUCUUGAUCGGCAACUCUUUAGCAAUGGAGUCUCUUCCUAUAUUCUUGGACAAGCUUGUUCCUUCAUGGGCAGCUAUACUGGUAUCUGUGACACUGAUUCUAAUGUUCGGAGAGAUAAUUCCUCAAGCAAUAUGUACUCGCUAUGGAUUGACAGUUGGAGCAACUGUAGCACCCCUUGUUCAGCUUCUUCUCUGGUUAUUCUUCCCCAUUGCUUAUCCAAUUAGUAAGGUCUUGGAUUGGAUGUUAGGUAAGGGGCACGCUGCCCUUCUGCGAAGAGCUGAGCUAAAAACGUUUAUGGAUUUCCAUGGCAAUGAGGCUGGAAAAGGAGGGGAUUUGACACAUGAUGAAACAACAAUAAUUGCUGGAGCACUUGAGCUGACGGAAAAAACUGCAAAAGAUGCAAUGACUCCAAUAUCAAAGGCUUUUUCUCUUGAUCUGGACGGAACACUUAACUUGGAAACACUAAAUGCCAUAAUGACAAAGGGGCAUAGUAGAGUUCCUGUUUACUACAGAAAUCCGACGAAUAUUAUAGGACUAAUUUUGGUUAAAAAUCUUUUGGCAGUUCACUCAGAAGAAGAUUCAGUUCCCCUGAGGAAAAUGUUGAUUAGAAAAAUUCCGAGGGUUUCUGAAAACAUGCCACUGUAUGACAUUUUGAACGAGUUUCAGAAGGGACAUAGCCACAUUGCUGUUGUAUAUAAAGAUCUGGACGAGAUGAAAGAUAUGCCGGUGAAGGAUAAAGAUGCUGAGAGUGCAACACUAAAAUCCAACUUACAUGACACCAAGACUGCAUUACAUAAGGUCGAUGACGACCAAGUCUCAAAGAAAACUCCUCCUCCUACUGCUUUUAAGAAGAGACACAAAGGUUGCUCAUUUUGCAUAUUGGAUUUGGAGAACAAUCCAAUUCCGGAGAUCCCUUUCAACCAAGAAGUUGUUGGUGUUAUUACUAUGGAAGAUGUCAUUGAGGAGCUUCUUCAGGAGGAGAUAUUGGAUGAAACCGAUGAAUAUGUCAACAUUCAUAACAGGAUAAAGGUGAACAUGAAUUCUUCCCAAGAUUUUUCAGCUGAGGAGAAUUCCGCAACUCAGCUGCUCCAGGCCCUCUAACUGUGAUCAAUCACCAUCUUCUAAUACUUUUCUUCAAUAGCUACCUACAUCAAGUAUAGCAACAUGUUAAAUGUAUAGUUUCUCUAUUAUAGCACAUCCUUAGAUUAGACUGAGCGCAUAGAGCGCGCAUUCGGGUGGAUAGUAUAAUGAUACUAUUGUCCUAUAUACAGAGGGAUAGGCUGCAAAUUCAACAAGAAAUAAACUUGGUUUGGGUUGUAAAUUGUAAUGCAGUGUAUUGCGAGAGUUUUGAGUAAUGAAAAGUUCAAUGACUGCAA